CAACCUGACAGCUUUGUUAUGGUAGUGUGACUGGGAACAAGAGGAUUUUGUUCACUGACGAAGUAGCCCAGCGAGAGAGGCCAGCAUUCAAUCAGUCCGUGUUUAUCUGUAAUCUACCGUGAUGUCGUUACAUUUCAGUGCCAAUCAGUAUGAUCAGGCAUUUCAUCCCAAGCGCUUACAGAACUGGGAGGUCCCUAAACAGUUUCGAGAAAGGCCAAGAGCGUUUGAUGGAUUUACACAAAUUGUAGCUAGCAACAGAGGUCAUCUCCUUCAAGGGGUUAAAAGGUCAAGGGAAUCUCCAUGGGGAAACUUCGUUGGUACAUGGGACAUGCCUCUACAUAUACCAGGCAAUAAAAUGAUGAACAGCACUGCCAGAGCUUUUCAUUCACAAGUGAGGUUAGAGAGAUGCAAGACAGAUGGUGACAUAAUCCUCAGUGGAAAACUAAAGAGGCCACAUGUGCCUGACCCACUGCCAGUAAAAGCUGACAUGGAUGCAGACAAAGGGUUGGAGGGGGUACCUCCCAAACCCCUGGAUCCCAUCCCUCCCUCCUCCCCUCUGGCUCCAUUAGACCCAAUUACUGCCUCCAAUGUAGCAGUUAAUGGUUCUCAGAGGUCAGGGGCCAAAAACCCUGAGCCAAUCACGCGGGCCAGCCCCAAACUGGCCCCCAUCAGCCCCGCUGGCAGACCUGCGACAGGAGCAAAGACCCCCCUCGACUGGCCCCGACCAGCUUCUAGAGUCAAAUCUGCAACCCCCAAAGGAUCUCCAGAACCCGAGUUGCAACAACUGUCUGCAGCGAAGUCCCCCGUGAACUGGCCCUCCCCUAAAGAACCAGAAAAAGUAGCAGCCUAGGCUGUGAAAAUGUUAGAUAAAAGAAGACUCUGAUUUGAAGCCUAAAAAAGAUUUUCGAAAAAAAUUCAGUUCUUAUCUGUUGUCAUGACAUUAAAAUAAGAAAUGGAAAAAAGCAUGGAAAAAAAAAUCAAAUUACUUAGAAAUCCUCUGGAUUAUAAGGUUUUAUAGUCUUUCUAAGGCAUUUAUUAUCUUUAAUGAUUUGUCUGCACAAAUGUUUGAUUCAAAGUAUUGCAUAGUACAUGUAGUAUGCAGUACUUUUACUUAACACUGUGUGAUCUAGGUGUAUGCGAGGCUAACUUUUAUAUACAUAUAUACAGAAUUUUACAUUCUCCUUGGACUCUGUGCAGGAAGAGAGAGAGAUGUUGAAAGAUUUAUGUACCUUUAUUUAUACAAGGUGUUUUAUAUGAGUAUAUAUUGAUUUGUUUUAUGGGAACAUGGGGUUCUAUUUCUCAUUACUUUAGCCACAUUCUUACCAUGCAGUUUAAUAUUUAAAUCUUAAAAUAACAAAGAUUAAUUCUUGUAAUCUGUGCCUGUGAUAUUUUUUAAAUUUAAUGGAGCUAUAGCAUUGGUGGGGUUUAUUAAUUAUAAUUAAUGCACCAUACUCAGUUUGCUUUUAAAUGAACUACAAGAUAUUUCUAUUACCUUGUUAAGAGUUUAAUUUAUUUCAUUGUUGAGUAAAUUAUGUUAAGCAUUUUAUAAAUGUUUGAUAUGUUGUUUACACAUGAAAGAAGUACAUGUAUAGUGCUUUGUUAUUGAAAUUUAACGUCUGCAGGUGUAUGACAGAGUACAUCCCUGGCACCGUUAUGUCCUUAGCUGUUAUUUGUAUGGAAGUUCUGUAAUGCCUGUCUUUUAAUGUAUACCAUUGUUAUCACACAAUUUUUAAGACAGUGAAAAAUCAAUUAAAAAGUUUUUAAAAUCAAAUAAAAUUGUGAAAAUAUAA